AUGCAUAUCCUCAUCGUCAACGACGACGGUCCACCGUCGACGCACUCGUCGCCGUACGUCCACAGCCUCGUGCGCGAGCUGCAGCAGGCCGGCCACCUGGUGUCUGUUUGCCUGCCGCACACGCAGCGUUCCUGGAUCGGCAAGGCACACAUCAUCGGCCAGACCGUCGAGCCCACCUACUACCGCCCGCCGCCAUGGUCAAGUCUACCGGCAGGGAUCUCCCAAGCGGAAGGCGAGCCCGGCAAUGCCGGCACCGUGCACACGCGGCCGUUCCGCCAAAACGGCAAUAGCAACGCCGGCACCAACGGCAGCUCGGACGAGGCGCCCGAGGAAUGGGUCCUCGUCAACGGCACCCCGGCAUCGUGCGUCCAGAUUGGCCUGUUCCACGUCUUCAAAGAGCGCCCGCCCAUUGACCUGGUUGUUUCGGGGCCAAACUACGGCCGCAACACGACGGCCGUCUUUGCCCUGAGCUCCGGCACGCUCGGCGGCGCGCUCGAAGCCGCCACCUGCAACAAGCCCGCCAUUGCACUGAGCUACGCGUUUUUCAGCCGCAAUCACGACCGCGACAUCAUUGCCGAGGCCAGCCGCCAUGCCGUGCGCGUCAUUGAGGCGCUCUACCGCCAGUGGCCCAAGGACGUGCCGCGGGACAGCGCCGACAGUGUCGACCUGUACAGCGUCAAUGUGCCGCUGGUCGCGGGUGUGUCGACGCACAAGACGGUGUACGCGGGCAUCCUGCAGAACUACUGGAGCGAGGGCGGGUGCUUCGUGGCCGAGGACGUGGUCGAGGACGUGGUCGAGGACGUGGUCGAGGACGUGGUCGAGGACGUGGUCGAGGACGUGGUCGAGGACGUGGUCGAGGACGCGGCCAGCGGCGCCACGGAUGUGGAAGAGGAGCGGCUCCGCACCAGCCAGACCCAUGGUGAGGCCGCCAAAAAGGCGGCGUCGGCAUCAGAAAGACCAGACGUAGCUACGCAAACAUCAAACGCAGCAACAACAACAACAGCAGCAGCAGCAGCAGCAGCAGCCUCCGGUGCUAGCUCCGGCCACGGCCAUACGGCACCCAUCACGCACCGCCACUUCAAGUGGCAGCCGCAAUUCUCUGAUGUCUACCGCAGUGUGGACGAAGCGCCGCCCGGCAACGACGGCUGGGCCGUGCGGGAAGGUCUGACAAGCAUAACACCACUCAAAGCAAACUUCUUUCAGACGGCAACCAAGCUGCACCAGACCGAGUUCCGCCUGUCACAGACCGGAGAGCGGAACAACACGUAUCUACCCAUUGCAUCCAACGAGACACUCUAUGCCCUCGUCGCCUACGAGGACCCCUACGUCCAGCCCAUCAUCUUGGACGCGCUCAAGGCUGCCAUCCCGGAAAGUCAGUUACAUCUGUUGGAGGCAGCGCCGGGAGCCACACUGCCGACGGCUGCCGAGCCGGUCUCCCUGCAGGGACUUGUGGACGACGUCGUUCGCAAGACAGAGGCGACCCCAAAGGUGCUGCAAAUCACGCCGUACGAAGUCAUCGACUUUGACUACGCCGCCCGCCACGCCGCAUCGACUGUGAUCAACAGCUACAUCAUCCGCAAGGCCCUGAUUCGCAAGCACUUUUUGGCCAAUACAGUGGAGCAGUGGGUGGCCAAGCGCCCGCAGUCGGUGCUCGCCCGGCACGUCCAGCGCACGGAGACGUUCGAGGUCGACUACGCCGAGUUCCUGGACGACGCGCUGGUCGAGGCGUUUGACCUGCGCGCGAGCCUCGCGGCCAACGAAGACUGCGAGGACGAAGCCAGACGCCAGUGGUGGAUCCUCAAGCCCAGCAUGAGCGACCGCGGCCAGGGCAUCCGGCUCUUCAGCACUAUGGAGGACCUGCAGGGCAUCUUUGACGGCUGGGAGGCUGAGCAGGAGGAGGCCGGCGAGGAGGGCUACGGCGACGACGACGACGACCACAACGAUGCGGUGGCGGCCGCCGACCUACGGCACUUUGUGGCGCAGCCGUACAUCCACCCACCGCUGCUGCUGCCGGGCACGGACGGGCGCAAGUUCCACAUCCGCGUCUAUGUGCUGUGCGUGGGCGCGCUGCGCGUGUACGUGCACCGGGACAUGCUGGCGCUGUUUGCGGCCAAGGCGUACACGCCGCCCUGGGAGACGGAGGGCGGUGCAGGAGGGGGUGAGGAGGGCCACGAGGGCAGCCCCGAUCUGGCGGCGCACCUGACCAAUACGUGUCUACAGGACGAGGCCGACAAGGGCGACUCGGUACGGCGGUUCUGGGAUCUGGAGGAGCCGGCGGGCAGCAGCGUCAACGAUGCCAUCAAAGACGCCAUCUUUGACCAGAUUUGCCGGGUCACCGGCGAAAUCUUUGAGGCCGCUGCCGUGGCCGCGCCCAUCCACUUCCAGCCUCUGGGCCAUGCCUUUGAAGUCUACGGUCUCGACUUUCUCGUGAGUGCCUCGUCGUCGACGGACGCAUCGCCAUCCCCAUCGCCGACGGCCUGGCUGCUCGAGGUCAACGCGUUCCCCGACUUCCGCCAGACAGGCACCGGACUCCAGGACGUGGUGGCGCAGUUCUGGCAAGACACGCUGCGCCUCGUGGUACGACGCCAGGUGUUUGGAAGAGGAAGUGGUAACGAUGGUCAUGAUGACCAAGGUGAGACGGCCAGCGAUCUCGGGGGGCUGGUGUUGGUCAAGGACGUGUCACUUGGCAGGCGAUAA